GUCCAGGCACAAGAAGGAUUAUCACAUCACCGGGCUCCUUUUGUCUGAGAGACUAGACCAGGAAACAUUGGCACCAUUGUGUGCCGCUCCAAUUCUAGGCCCAGGGAACUCAGAAUCCAGGUAUUUAUACUUGGAUAUCCAUCUUUUAAUUAGUAGAAGAUGAACGGUUUAUCCAUUCGAGAACUAUGCUGCUUGUUUUGCUGCCCUCCCUGCCCCAGCCGCAUUGCAGCCAAACUAGCUUUCCUCCCUCCAGAGCCCACCUAUGCCCUCCUGCCUGACCCAGAUCCAGGUUCUGGGGCUGGAGCUGUCUCUGGGACUGGCGCUGGGGCUACUCCACCAUCUUUGGGUGCCCCAGGACUGCGAUCACGGCUCGGCGCUAGUGGCAGUGGCACUGGCAGCAGCGGUGGUGUUGGUGGCGGAGACAGAGGAGGUGGUGGUGGGGGUGGAGGAGGUGGACCAGAAGGCAGGUGGAAGCUGCACCUUACAGAGAGGGCAGAGUUCCAGUAUUCCCAGAGAGAGCUGGAUGUGACAGAUGUGUUCCUGACCAGGUCCAGCCGAGGGAACAGGGUGGGCUGUAUGUACAUCCGCUGUGCUCCAAACGCAAGGUUCACAGUGUUGUUUUCACACGGUAACGCCGUUGACCUGGGCCAGAUGAGUAGUUUCUAUAUUGGCUUAGGAACACGCAUCAACUGCAACAUCUUCUCCUACGAUUACUCAGGCUACGGUGUAAGCACUGGCAAGCCCUCUGAGAAGAACCUAUAUGCAGACAUUGAUGCUGCUUGGCACGCCCUGCGCUCACGGUAUGGCAUCAGCCCGGAGAACAUCAUCCUGUACGGACAAAGCAUCGGCACAGUACCCACGGUAGACCUAGCGUCACGGUUUGAGUGCGCCGCUGUGGUCCUCCACUCCCCCCUCACUUCUGGCAUGAGGGUGGCCUUCCCUGACACCAAGAAAACAUAUUGUUUCGAUGCCUUCCCUAACAUAGAAAAGGUGUCUAAGAUUCCAUCCCCAGUGCUGAUCAUCCACGGUACGGAGGAUGAGGUGAUUGACUUCUCCCAUGGUUUGGCUCUAUUUGAACGCUGUCCCAAGGCUGUUGAGCCCCUCUGGGUCGAGGGAGCGGGCCACAACGAUAUUGAGCUCUACAGCCAAUACCUGGAGAGGCUACGGCGCUUCAUCAACCAGGACCUGGCUGCACAACAUGCCUGA